UUAGAAAAAAUAGGAAUAAUCAAUCAUGCAUCUUGAAAUAGAAUAGUCUAAAAGAGCGACGGUUGACUGAACCAUCGCCUCCUUUAACCAUUCUCUUUAUAUCAUUACUUCAUUAAUUAUAUAUAUCUCUAUGAUUUCAUAAUCAUCUCGUUAGCACAUUCUCUUUUCACACAGAAAGAAAAAACAAAAUGGCGCACGGCGAUUAUAGCAACGGUGACUCCUUCUCAACCCUUCAUCCUGACAUCAUCCAAACCCAAAUCUUGACCCGACUCGACGGUCCGACGCUUACCUCCACCGCAUCAACAUCCUCUUAUAUCCAUACCCUCUGCACCGAACAGAAGCUCUGGCAAGAACUCUCCACCGCCGCGUGGCCUUCUGUAAACGAUCCACGUGUUGUUAAAGCCAUAUCCUCCUUCCCUUCCGGGUACCGCUCCUUCUUCGCUGACUCGUACCCGUUCAGUGAACACACGUGGCCUUCCGAAAAAGACGAUCCACCCACCACUGGAUUAAUCUCAGCCGUUGACCUGUAUUAUCGAGGAGAGCUAAUCUACUCCAAGGUCCAAGAGAUGGAAACAGAGAGCGGUAAAGGAGGAUGGUUUUUGUCGACUCCAUUUCGGGUCGAUCUGAUCGACCCGAAAGAGUCGGUUGAAACCCGGAUACGAUACCCGGGUGGGGAUUACGAAGCGUGGGUGAGAGAUAUGGAAGAAAGCAUGAAGCUUAACUGGAUACUGAUCGACCCGGUAAAGAAACGCGCGGCGAAUAUAUCGAGCAGGGACGCAGUUUCGGCGAAGCGGAACUGGUUGACCGGAGAUUUGGAGAUUAGAUUUUCGACGGUGGUGACGGGGAAGAGAGCGGCGGAGGUAGCCAUGGUCCUGUCGUGUGGAUCGGCGGAGACGUGGAAAGAGGUGGACGAGGAAGUGGGAGGGGAAGUGCACGUGAGGGAGGUGAGGUUGGGAAUAGAGGACAUAGAAGGAAAGUGUUUGAAAGGAAGGGAGAGUGUGGUAAUAUUACAAGGGUUGUUGGAAGGCAAGAGAAGUCGUAAAGAUGGAUGUGGUGAACAGGGAAGAGGUAAAGGAAAGUAUGAGGAAUACGUGGAGAUGAAGACAGAGUGGAGAAAGAAAAAAGAGAGGAGAGAAAAAUUUCAAGACACUAUUUUUAUGAUUUUUGGGUUUUCUUUGUUUGUGCUUUUGUGGAGUUUUAUUUUGUUAAGAUAAAUAUGCUAAAAAGGUGAAACACAACAUAAUACGGAUACACAAGUCUUUCAUUAUCAAUA